AUGCAGCAAAAUUCUGAAACUGCUUUAUCUGAGCUAGAAAAAUCCACUACAAAAUGUGAAAAUUUAGAAAAAUCCCAACAGGCCGCUACUGCAGCUGCUGCAGAGUCCAAGGAACAACUCACUAAGACAGCUAGGCAAUACAUUCUACCCACUGAUGAUGAUGAUGAUGAGGAGGAGUUAUCAAAAGAGAUUGAGUUGUUAAAAGCUCAAAAGCAACAGCUUGAGAUGGAUCUUGAGGAUGUACGUGUUAAAGCAACAGCUCUGGAUAGCAGCCUGGAGAAAGUGAAGAAACUAGAAGCGGAACUGCAAGAGAGUCUGAAUGCACAACAGGCAAUGGAGAGUCAACACCAGGAAGCCUUGAAAAAACUCUAUAAGUUGCUGGUUGAGAGUUGUGUUAAAGAGUGCCAUGUUAUAUUACAGACUGCAUUAGAUCAGUCAGAAAACCUCCCACACCUCACAGUCACCUGCUCUGCUGAAUAUUUACUUGAUCGAACCUAUCCUAUAUAUGAUUCCAUCACCAAUUUACGUACAGCACAUCAACAGUACAAAUCCAAUGAAGCAAAAGUACAUGAACUCCUAGUCUCACUAAAUGGUUUCUCUCACCAAUUAUCUGAAUGCAUAAUCCAUGGAUUUGCUACAUCACAUUCAGCCCAGGUAGCUGCUGGAGAUGAAUUAAUUAAUAAUUGCAAGAAAGCAGUAAAUGAGAGUAUGACAACACUUACUGCUAUUGAACAAGAUUCAGAGAAGGUUAAUGAAAAUAUCAAUAAAAUUUUAGAGGCUGUCAAAAAGAUUCAAGCAGAUGCUGAAACCCUAUUGCCUAAGAUUGCUGAUGUAAAAGACAAAGAAAUUGGUGAUAUGGUUGAAUCAGAAAUGCAAUCAACAACAUCAGCUGUUGAUUUGGCUGCUGAGAGAAUUGAGGCAAUGUUGAAAAAGACCAGUGAAGAUAAUACAGGAGCAACAUUGGAAGUGAACACAAGUAUUCUUGAUGCAUGCACAAGUCUUAUGAAGGCUAUUAAAGUACUUUUGGAAAAAUCAAGAGAUUUACAAAAAGAGAUUGUAGCACAAGGAAGAGGGGCAUCAACAGCCAAAGAAUUUUACAACAAACAUCAUCGAUGGACUGAAGGUUUAAUCACAGCAGCUAAGACUGUUGGUUGGGCAGCUACUGCUUUAGUAGAGGUUGCUGAUAAAGUGGUUCAGGGAGAAGGCAAAUUUGAAGAAUUGAUCGUAUGUUCAAAACAGAUUGCUGCCAGUACAGCCCAAUUGGUGGUGGCAUCUAAAGUGAAAGCUGACCGAGAGAGCAAAUGUCUAGGACAAUUGUCCAAUGCUUCUAAGAUGGUCAAUGAAGCAGCAGGCAAAGUUGUAGGCUGUGCAAAGACAGCAUCAAAUGCAGUUGAAGAAAAAAGUUUGAUGGAUUUUACAACACUGUCUCUUCAUCAAACAAAGCAGCAAGAAAUGCAGACCCAGUUACAUUCUUCAUUCUUACCAAUAAUAUCCUUUCUGAUUCCAUCACAAUUUGCUCUUUUUAAGACCAACUUGUUUCUUCAUCAUGGCCAUCAUUCCUUUAUUUCACAGCAGGUACUUGAUGCUGUACACAAAGUGGACCCACUGAACACAGAGCAGACUACUAAAAGCUGA